CUAAAAUCUUGCGCAACAACGAAGGGUACAAGUUCCUACGAGGGAUUCGUGGCACACCUCCGUACUGGAUGUCGGUACAGAAAGAUUUGUUUGCGAUGAUACGUCAGCUUUCGAUUCCCACUUUCUUUGCAAGUUUCAGUAGUGCUAAUCUGCGAUGGCCUGACAUGCUCAGCUCUCUUCUAAGAAUAGAAGGAAAACAAACACCUCUCGCAGAUCUCGAUUGGUCUGAUAAAUGUGGACUCGUACGCCGAAAUCCUGUCACAGCAGCGAGAAUGUUUGACCACCGAUGGCAUAGUUUCCUUCGUGAUGUAAUCCUGUCGCCGGCUCAACCCAUAGGGAAAAUCAAGGACUACUUUUACCGUGUUGAAUUCCAGUAGUGUGGCUCUCCUCACGUCCACUGUCUAUUUUGGGUUGAAAAUGCUCCAAGGAUUGAUAGAGAGACCGAUGCCAAAGUAGUACGUUUCAUAGACAGAUACAUCAACUGUGAGAUUCCGCCAGACAGUGACGCAGAACUUGAGGAGCUCGUGACCAGUGUACAAAGACACAGCAAAAGACACUCCAAGACUUGCCGCAAGAAAAACACAGUUUGCAGGUUCAAUUUCCCACGCCCACCAUCAAGCCGUACGUUCAUCACAGGAGGCGCGAACUCUGACAACUUUAAGAGCGACAACGAAAACACGAGUGCCUGCAAAGUUUUAAAGGAAGUAAAGCCUGCACUGACAGCCCCUGACAUGAAUUUCGAUACAGCUGAUGCAUUCUUUGAGUCUCUGGGGAUAGAUCAAGGCUUGUUUGAAAGGGCGUACAAGAGAUGUGUGACAAAGAAAAGCGUUGUCCUGAAACGAAAUCCUGCAGAUAUUUGGGUGAACCAGUACAACCGAGACUUACUCCGCGCAUGGCAAGGUAACAUGGAUAUCCAAUAUGUCACAGAUGCAUAUUCUGUUGUCGUGUAUCGUGCAUCACAAAGGCCGAACAAGAAAUGGGUUUGCUCUUACAACGCACACAAAAUGAGGCCACGAAUGGCGAUCUCGAUGCAAAGGCAGCGUUCAAGCAGCUUGGAAGCGUGUACCUACACAACAGAGAAGUUUCAGCUCAAGAGGCAGUGUACCGCUUAACGCAUAUGCACAUGAAAGAAUGCUCUCGCAAUGUACAGUUUAUUCCCGUUGGCGACAAUCCUGUCACGAUGAGUUUACCUUUGAGUGUGCUCCAAGCUAAAGCUAAGCGCCAAACGUGUGAAGACGACAGCAGCAUUUGGAUGACCAACAUAAUUGAGAGAUACCACAACAGACCUGAGUCAGCAGAAUUUCAAGAUAUGUGCUUGGCCAGUUUUUGCUCAGAAUACAGAGUUAUUUAUGCGUCGCAGGUUUCGGCAGAAAAGGAUUCAGGUGACAUAAUACAGCUCAACAACGACUGCGGUUUUGUGAAACGACGAACCCGAACGCAACCCGCUGUCGUGAGGUAUCCCAGAUUUUCUCCCACAAGAGACCCAGAAAAGUACUUCCAUUCGUUGCUUCAACUUUUCUUGCCUCACUACCAAGAAUAUCACCUCAAACCGUCCCAGUUUGACACAUACGAGCAUUUCUACAAGAACGGUGCGGUUAAAUGUGGCGGUGAUGUUCGACGAGUGCAGUCCAUUGUGGAUGACAACAAAGCUGUAUUUGAAAUAGAGAGCGAUGCCAUUGACCAAGCUAAGCAGUUGCUGGAAGACAACAUUGAUUUAGAAGAUGCAUGGGCUCAGCUGUGUCCUGAAACAGAAAGAGAGCGUCUUCGUUGUUUGGAUCUCAUGAAAGACAGAGUUGUAGAUGAUGAAGACGCUGAUGGCACAGAACUUAUGCCUGACCUGACAGCUAACCCACACACUGCGUGCACUUUGGAAACGAAUCAUGUGACGAUGCCCAGGCAAGACGCGUUGGAUUUAUUGCGAUCGUUGAACGGACAGCAAUCUGCCGUAUUCUAUGCCGUCCGUCAAUGGUGCUUGCAGAAACUUCUGGGACAGAAUCCUGAGCCCUUGCGAUUGUUCAUCACCGGUGGAGCAGGAACAGGCAAAAGCCAUUUGAUCAAAGCAAUACAUUACGAAGCCACUAGGCUGUUGUCACAGAUUGCUGAAAAUCCAGAGGAUCUCACUGUUCUUCUAACGGCACCUACAGGCGUGGCUGCGUACAACAUUGGUGCCGCGACCAUUCACCACUUUCUCCAUUGGUGCAAAUGUCAAGAUGCCUUAUCAACCUCUCGGCGAUGAGAAAGUGAAUUCUCUACGAAGCAGAAUGGGCAACUUGCAAAUCCUGAUCAUUGAUGAAGUGUCCAUUGUCGACCACCGUCUUUUGGUCUACAUUCAUGGUAGACUACGUCAAAUCAAGCAGACCGGUGAUUAUUCGCUGUUUGCAAAUGUUUCCGUGAUCUGUGUGGGUGACUUACCAGUUGAGACCUGUCAAAGGCAAACCUCUUUUUGCUGACGGCGGAAACCUGUGGGAAGGCAAUUUUGAAGUCGCUCAGCAGACCAAAGUCGUUAGACAAGAAAAUGCGGAAUUUGCUGGAUUGCUAAACCGCCUCAGAGUCCGUAAAAAGAAGGAACCUCUCAGCAGCCGUGAUAUACUCACACUGAAGCAGCGUGAAACUGGUGAAGACCCAACUGACAUUCACAUAUAUGCUACAAACACAGAGGUCGAUAAAUAUAAUGUGAAGAGACUGCAAGACACCUGUCCAGACGCAGUCAGCAUUCAGGCCCUCGACUUUGUACGGAACCCCAAAACCGGAAGAAUGGAGCGGAAAGUUGGCUUCCACGCAAAAAUCUUAAAUUCCUGCUUGCCAAAAUGCGUUUCGUUGGGAAUCGGAGCAAGAGUGAUGUUGAAGAACAUAGACGUGUCUGACCGCCUUGUAAACGGAGCGUGCGGCACAGUUGUGGAAAUCAGAGGUAAAGAGGACGAUGACAUUCCUGCAGCUAUCCACGUUGACUUUGAUGAUCCUAAUGUUGGUAAGAUUCAGAGAUCAAAGUCAAAGAAGGUUUUUGAGCGUUCAUCAGUAGUGGAAAAACAAGAAGACCAGGUGACCACUGCCGGAGGACUUCGAAUUCAGCUACCUUUGGGUUUAUCUUGGGCGCAAAAUGUACACAAAUGCCAUGGCUUAACUGUUGAAAGGGCUGUUGUAUCACUCAAAAAGAUAUUUGCGUCAGGUCAAGCUUAUGUUGCAUUGAGUCGUGUGAGAACUCUCAGAGGACUGAUAAUUGAGGACUUCAGAGAGUCAGUUAUAUUUUGUGACGAGAAAGUAGUCAGCUCUUGAAAACAUGCAAAAGUUCAGCUAUGGAAUGUCUGUUUUGUCUGUGAAUCCUGUGUGCACAAUAGCUCUUCAUAACGUACAGAGUUUAAAUGCUCACAUUCAGGAUAUUGCAGCCCAUAAGUCACUCACCAAAGCUGAUUGUAUUUGUUUAACAGACGUGGCUCAACGCAGGUUCCGAGGAACCGCAACUUCCAGGGUACACAUUCAAGCACAAUCCGAGAGAAAACUGUUACGAUGAUUCUGAACCGGUCUUUGCAGGGUUGAAACAACAACAAAGAGGUGGUGUUGGCAUGUAUUCUUCAGACAAAAUUGAUGUGCGGGUUUCAAUUCCAGGGAGAUGCAAUGUGGAAUGCUUGUACUUUGAGAUACCACACGUUAAUUUGAUUGCUGUCAUUUUAUACAGACCCAGCUCCUAUAAGAUUGAUGCCUUUCGACAGCAUUUGUUACAGCUCGUCUUUGACCUUGACAAACAUCCUGGGAGGAAACUCAUCAUGGGAGACUUCAAUGAGGAUAUCUUUGUGUCGUCUACCAUUGCCAAGUUACUGGAACAGCAUGGGUACAGUCAACACGUGCACACAGCCACAACUGAAAAAGGUACGUUGAUAGAUCACGUGUACUGUAAAGAUGCAGGAGAUGUUACUGUUGAAGUUGUACCGACAUACUUCAGUUUUCAUGAAGCAAUACUUGUCUCACUGUUGUGAUGUAUUAUUUUGCAUUCAAAGAACGUGAGAUGUUCAGGAAUAUGUUAUCCGGUCAUUAUGUUAUACAUUGUGUCAUUAUCACUACCACAAAUAUACUCCGUCCGCCAACUGGGGUUUGGGUGGGUAAGGCAAGGAGAGAGCUUAACACUGGACGGCUCCUUGCAGGGGAUGGAAGGGUAAGGGUAGACCAUUUUGCAAAAGAAGUUGCACAAAAGACAUGCUGAUGUGUGGUUCCACAGUGAUUUCGGAUUGUGACCACCACACCAAAAGACCCCAAAACACCCUAAUUCAAUGAAAAAUGAAAGAAAAUAAUGCUGUAUGUUAAUACAGCAUACCUAAAUUGUUAAUAAUAAUAAGAAUAAUAUUGCUGUUGUUUGUAUGUUUUGUAUGUUAUAAACAAAGAAAAUUUGGAUCUAAAUAAUAAUAAUAAUAAUAAUAAUACAUUUGAUUUGUAGAGCACUUUACAUUCAAAAAUCUCAGUGCUACGGAGUUUAAGAGAGAGGGAGAGAGAGAAAAAGUCUAAACACAGCUGUAGUCCGUGGGGCCUUCAGGUGGUCAAGGAGGGCGUUCCAUUGUCUUGGGGCAGCAGCGGAGAAAGCCUGAUCACCCAUGAUGCGGAUGUUGGUCUUAGGUCAUCAGAGGGUGUGCGCUGAUGCAGAGCGAAGGGUAAUGCAGAGCAAAGUAAUGUAGUUACUAGACUGACAUGAUGGUGAAAACAAACCAAAAAAAUAAAAAAAAACAGCUUGAGUGCAACUUAUUUUGGAAAAUGGCCAAAAAAUAGACCCUGUUUACUUUUUUUUAUUCACCUUAUUCACCAAGGCACCAAGGGAGGGGGGACCUGAUACAUUGUGUUGGAACUUCCAAUCAGGCAGUGAUAUGCAUCAUCAAUAGUAGUUGUUUGAACAGUUUUAUUUAUGUUGUCUUUUUUGCGCCCUCUUAAUCAAUCAAUUUUGUGGAAAAUAUCACCAGUACAAUGAGGAUGUUUUCAGCAGUAAAAACAGUGUUUUGUAAUCCUUAUACUUCAUGAAAAUAGAAUGGAUGUGUAUGAAGGCAAGCAAUGUAAUGGAAGUUUCAACAGAAAACCAAAGAAAAAACGUUUAGAUAUGAGCAUGGCUGAAUAAGGUGAACCGGUGAUUUUAUUAGUAAUGCUCGGAUUAAUUUUUAUGCCAGUGGAUCAUGUCUGUGCUCCAACAAUCGAGUGUUAUCUGUAAUGUUGAAAAAAAACACGACAAACAAAUGUAGUUUAAAUUGUUGCAAAGGAAUACAUUGACUUGUGAACACUAAGCAGUGAUGCUACCUCAACAGACCUGAUGUGCACUUUUCAGGGAUAAAACAGGACACAUUUUUCUUAACAAAAUAGAGAAUUGCCUACUGCAUCCCAGAACACUACUGUUAAGAGUGAUGCAAAUAAUUGGCAUAAUGUACAUCUGUAUUUGAUGCUUUCCACUUGUGAUCCAUUUCUGUAAACACGGUCUUGUAAGCAAAGGGAUUGGGGUUACUUUACUACGAGUAGUACAGAUCAUUUAUUUUGUGUAAAAGUAAUGAUAGGCAUUAAUAGUGUUAGAUUAGGGCAGGAUGUUUUAAUUGUAUUAUUUUUUACCUAUGUGAUGUAUUAUCUUUGUAUUGCAUUUGGGAUCAUUUAUUAUUUUCUGAAGUCAUACAGUCGCUUCUGUUCAUUUCAUUUCUGCUUUGUAUUGGGAUAUACUGUACUUGCUGGUAUAUGAGAUGUAUUUGUUUGCAAGUAAAAUGAAGAAGCACAAAAGGAGGGUCUGACCAUGCAGAGUAACUCUGUAAGACAAGAGAAGGCUAUCGAACACACUCGGACAGAAAACCUGGCUGAGCUUCGGAACCCAGAGGACAUACAGCUUCAAAGUCAUUGAAUGCAUUACUGUUAAAGCAUCUUUUGUCAUGAAAAGCAGUACCAAUAUGUGAGUAUCUAUCUUCUUUUCCUUCUUUGCACAUUAAAUAUGACGGUGGCAUUUGUCCUGCCUGUGCAGCCUGUUGACCAGAGCAUGUUGACACUUUUUUUGCAAGACCUGUGUAAACUACAAACACUCUAAAUGUAAGAAGUCUGACUGUCAGAAACACUCUUGUGAGAUGAGAUUAUAUGAGCAUCCAGAAUGGGUUCUGGAUGAAAAAGUACUCUUAUGAAUUGUAUAUAAACUGCAUAACACUGUUAAUGUAUGGUCCUGCUUUGUUUUACCUACACAGCCUGCUGAUGGAGAAAUACCUGGAAAAAAGCGUGUUGCUGCUCAUCUACCUUUUUCAUCGUUGAGGCCUGAUCAAACUCAUCUAUUUUCACCUGUGGUGCAGACCUUCAGUAACAGAUUCCACCUGUUGCAGCUUGCUCGAGCUCAUCCAUCUUCACCUGUAUCCCAAACUUCCAAGACCAAUCCGAACUACAAAAUCCACUGCUGCUAGAAGUUUGACUGUCCAUGAUGGUCUUGUGAGAUCACUUUCCUUAAUUUUUUAAAGCGUGUUACGGUGACUGGACUGGAUGCCUGGACUCUCCUCAUGGUUAACUGGCCAGCACCACAUCACCGUGUUAUAAAAUGAUUAAUCAUUUUAUGAUUAAUCGUUUUUUGUUUUAUAUCUGUUUUGUUUGUUUUUUAGCACUUUGGUGACCAAUUUAAUAUGAUGUGCAUGUGUUUACCUGUAUGUCAAUUAUGGCACCCACUCCUGACCAUCCCUGGAAGAAGGGAUCCCCUACUAUGCGUUUCUUCUCAAGAUUUCUUCCUUGCUAAUUUCAAGGGAGUUUUUUCUUGCCCUUGUGGGGGCUUGGGUAAAGGGGGGUGUCAUAAAUAUUUUACCUGUUAAGCCCUUUGUAAUGGUGAUUAAGGGCUAUACAAAUAAACUUGAAUUGAUUCCAUUAGUUUGUAUACUAUUUACGAUAUCAUGUCACAAGAUGGAUAAGACAACAUAACAAUGUUGUAUAUAUGCAUUAAGAGUAUUAAAAGUAGGUGGUGUGUGUGUUUAUUACUACCUUUUAUCAGUAGUUGCACUAUGGUUAGCACUAUGGGUGAUGUGGAAAAUACUGAAUCAUACCUCAAGUAUGAUUCAGUAUUUUCCACAUCACCCAUCAUCACUUAUAUGAUUAAACCCUGAGUACUUGCUUGUUUAUUUAGAUUGGCUUAACAGAAACGAUGCUGCCUAUCUCUUAGUAUUGACCACAAUAAUUUAACUCUUCAUGAUUUUUCCUACCAUUGACUGACUGGGUCUUAAUUAAUCAGUGGUACAAUCCCAAUUACAAUCAGGAUGAAGUGAACAUACUCUGAAUGCUAUGCUCUUACUCAAAUAAAUGUUGACACAGAUUCUGUAAUGGUGUCUUGAAGAGGAGUUGUGCGCACAUCCCAAAAAGUAAUCCACAGGUGCUAGACAAUUUUAUCAGAUAUAGUGGAAGAAGCUGUUAAUUGUCCAGAAGCACAUUUAUUUACUUAAAGACAAGGCAACAUUUCGAUGUCAUCGGAUCUUCAUCAGGCAUUGAACACACUGGGUGAGACGUGAAACCAAACAGGGGACCAGUCUAAACAACAGGGCGCACCCAAAAGGUGGCAAUUGGCCUGACAUGCACCUAAAAAAGCUGGCUGACAUGCAUUGCAUAAAAUCACAUGAAUCAAUGACAAAUAAAUGAAGAUUUCGAUUGGCCAUCCUAUAUAUCGAAUUCUUGCAAUGUAUGGCACAGUAUUGUGAAUUAGAUUGAUUUGCUAUAUCCGUUUGAUGUUCUAAGCACGUUUCGGUUGAUGUCGUGCAACUUGUAUUAUGUAAUUUAUUUUGUCUAGGCAGACCAAACAUGCUCAUUCCCCAUAUUUUGUUUAUCUGAUGACCUUUUGUAGAGGUAAUGAUGAAAAACUACUUAGAUCCUUUGUGGUACGGUCGUCUCAGGCUAGGUAUGACUUGGAGAGUGGUAAACGUUCAACACAAGGUUUAUCCCUGACAGAGACACAAUGUAAACAAGCAUGCGUUCUGGAGGGGGUUCAUGAAGCAUCUAAUCCAGUACCGCUUGUGGCCACACGAGUGCAGUGUCUACCCUGAGCGCUGUUCAGCACAACUAAAAUUGAAAUGAAGGAUGUGUGUUCUGAUUGCAUGAAGUAUGAAAGAUCGACAUGAUGAUUUAAUAUGAUUGAUAUGUUGUCAGUUUUAUAUAAAACAGCAUAUCAUGACCAUGAUAAAAUGCAUAUGAUUAGAUAUAAUUUUACUAACAAUGUUAAAGAGUGGCUGAGAACAGGCUUACUUCCUGUUUGGCUGUUUUGCCGUAAAGUUUGAUUGGCUGUCACGGCCAAACGGUUUUGAAUUUGAGACAGCUGUUUGACAAAUUUGUUCAGCUUGGUCUGAA